AGGAGGGGUUCGACUGGUCAGCUGCAUGCGUGGACCUGGAAGAGCACCUGCACCGCUGGGGGGGUGGCGGGGCCCCCAUGGAGCACUUCUCCCUGGAUGAGGGACACUUCGCCUCUGUCGACUCCGUCCUCUUGCUGCAGCGCAACGUCAAUCUGUGGGACCUGCGGCAGCUGGGCCGGGGCCCUGGCAAGGUGCUGGUGAAGGCACUGGGCAGCGAGCGCAACGGGACGCACAAGGGCUGGGUCUGGUGUUUGGCCUCCCGAGACAACAAGGUGUGCUCGGGCUCCUGGGACAGCACCGUGAAGCUGUGGGACCUGGAG